CGAAUAUAUACUCCUUGCAAAUAUCUUGGCGAUUAAAGCAGCAUUAUCCACCUUUAAGAAUAAAGUUGUUUAGAAAAGUAACAACAUAAAGUAUAUAUACGUAUUUAAUUAGUUAGGAGGCAAUCAAAGUUGCUUUUUGUACUUCAAUUAUCCCUUUGGUGAUUUUUUUAUAUAUUAAAAUAAAGGAGUUGCAAUAUGACUAAAGAACAAGAAGCUAAUAAAGAUAGAGAUAAAUUAGAUAUGGGAGUAAUUGAUAAGUUCUGCAUGUCUAUAGUUUUAUUUCUUCUUUUGACAACGUCAAAUAAUUGGGCAAAUGGAGCUGAACCCCCAUCAAAGCCACCCCUUUCAAAAGAAGAAGGAGAUGUAGUCAUUGCUUUGAUUAACCUUGCAGAGGUGCCACAAAAGUUACGAAAUAGUUUAACCACCUCACAAUGCGAUCAGAAGAGUAUUUUCUGCAAAUGUAAUACAACAUCAUGUCAUGUUACUAAAAUAGACUUAUCAAACUGCGAUUUGAUUGGGACAAUACCACGAGAAGUUGGAAAUCUUGCUCAUUUAACCGAUCUGUUUUUAAAUGGAAACAAGCUUCAUGGAUCAAUCCCUACAUCACUUGUCAACCUACAAUCACUUUCUCAUUUAGAUGUUUCCGCCAACUCCUUGAGUGGGAACUUGCCACCAUUUCAGAUGAAGUCUUUACAAUACAUGUAUUUAAGCGAUAACAAGCUUGAUGGACCAGUUCCUAAAUCAUUUCUCAACCUAACAUCACUUUUGGAGCUAGAUCUUUCCGACAACUCCUUGGGUGGGAACUUGCCACCAUUUCAGAUGAAGUCCUUACAAUACAUAGAUCUAGGUAGUAAUUGUUUUAGGGGUCAAAUCCCUCAUGAAUACGGUGCUCUCCAAUCUGUAAUUGGCCUAUAUGUAGACAACAACUUACUAACUGGAAGCAUUCCACAAGAACUAGGGGAACUCUCCAAUCUUGUGACUUUAGAGGUGAAUGAUAAUAAACUCUCAGGUCACAUCCCACACCAGCUUGGGAAACUCAUACAGCUGCAGUAUCUGGACCUACGCACCAAUUAUUUCGAUGGUGAAUUGCCUCUAAGCUUCAUGCGGCUAACAAACUUAACUCAGUUUCUUGCUCAAGGCAAUAGCUUAUCUGGGAAAAUCCCUAAAUUGAUAGCCAAUUGGAAGGAACUCAAGAAUUUAUAUAUGUUAGGAAAUAAUUUUGAAGGCCCCUUGCCAAAGGAAAUAUCAUCAAUGGAAAGGCUAGAGUCCCUAAAAUUCUGCAAUGUAGUCACAAGAGGAAGAGCAUAUGAUUUUCCAGAUCUAUCGCAUAUGACUUUGUUGCGAGAAUUGACAUUGAGGAAUUUUUCACUUCGCGGUCCCAUUCCGAAUUAUAUCUGGGAGCUUCAAUCUUUACAAUAUCUGGACUUGAGUUUCAAUGAAUUAUCUGGAGAAGUGCCAAAAUCCAUUAGCACAUCUUUAACAUAUAUAUUCCUUAGGGUGAACAAGCUUAAUGGAUCAUUGCCAGGAUGGCUAAUGAAGAGGAAGAAUGCAACCUCACAUCGAUACGUGGAUGUUUCUGAAAACUUUUUUACAAAUACAACAUCAGUGUCCAAUGCUUUAUCUAAUCAGGACGUGAACACUUUUCCGGGUUGCUCGAGUAAUUUGAAAAUAAAAAAUCAAUGUGACAGUUAUUGCCAUCCUGGAAAAUAUACACAAUUAUUUAUCAACUGCGGUGGUGAGUCAGUUACUGUAGAUCACGACCACUACUAUGCUGAUCUGAACCCCAAUGGAACAUCAACCUUUUUUAUCGACGAAAGAGGAGGUUGGGGUUAUAGUAGCAUGGGCCAUACCACGACUUCUGAUAAGUCAAUGCCAUUUAUAUAUAACAAGACAUGUAAUCUUACCAUGCCUCAGGCAGUUCUUUUUGAAACAGCCCGUGUAGCCCCAGUUUCACUCAAGUAUUAUGGAUUUUGUUUCAUUAAUGGAACCUACACAGUGAAACUGCAUUUUACUGAGAUACCCUCAAGUGAAGAAGAGGACUCUCCCAUCAGACGUAGGCGAGUUUUUGAUAUUGACAUCCAGGGGAAGACUGUAAGAAAAAACUACAACAUAGAAGAAGCACAAGUUGGUGUUGAUGGGGAUAAAAUCCUGCAAUAUAAUGUUUCUAUAGAAUCCCAGCUUGUGAUUCACUUGUACUGGUCUGGUAAUGGCUCGAUCCUCUACCCGGCGAACUACGGUCCGCUCAUUUCAGCUAUUUCUGUAGUCCCAGUUCCUAAUCAGGCAAAACACCCUCAGAAACUGUCUACUGCUCUUAAGGCUGGGAUAGCAGGAUCAUCACUGGGUUUUCUUGCUCUACUUUUGCUUGUACUCUGGAAAUUGGGUUGUCUUGGUGGCAAAAGAUCAUCAAAGGAAGAACUAAAAGCAACUGAAUUGUUCCCCGGAGGAGUUUACACCUUUCAUCAAAUAAAAGCUGCCACUGAAAACUUCAAUGCUGUGAACAAAUUGGGUGAAGGAGGUUUUGGACUUGUUUAUAAGGGCCUGCUCCCUGAUGGGACUACAAUUGCAGUCAAAAAACUAUCAGCAAAAUCAAAGCAAGGAAUACAUGAGUUUGUAAAUGAAAUUGGCAUGAUUUCAGCUCUGCAACAUCCAAAUCUUGUGAAGUUAAUGGGAUGCUGUGCAGAAGACAACGAGCUCCUACUCAUUUACGAAUACAUGGAAAAUAAUAAUCUUGGCCAUGCACUUUUUGGUUCGGAGGAACUUAAAUCGAGACUAAACUGGUUGACGAGGGUGAAAAUUAUCCUCGGGAUAGCCAAACGUUUAACUUAUUUGCACGAAGAGUCCAAAUUGAAGAUUAUCCACAGGGACAUUAAGCCCACAAACAUACUCCUGGACAAGGAUUUGAAUGCAAAAAUAACUGAUUUUGGAGAUGCAAAGCUUAAUGAAGGGGAACAUACUCAUGUCAUCACACGAAUUGCUGGAACAACGGGAUAUAUGGCACCAGAAUAUGCAAUGCGGGGCUACUUAACACCAAAAGCAGAUGUUUACAGCUUUGGGGUUGUUACACUUGAAAUUGUGAGUGGGAGAAACAGUGCUAGUUACAGGCCGAGUGAUCAGACAGUUUACCUUCUUGAUUUGGCUUACGUGUUGCAUGAGCAGGGUAAUUUGAUGGAUCUAGUUGAUCCAAAACUUGGAACAGAUUAUUCUUGGACAGAAGCUCUAGCAAUGAUGUGCACUAAUCCAUCACCAACUCUCAGGCCAACCAUGUCUGAGAUAGUGAAAGUUAUUGAAGGAAAAACUAAAAUCAAGACAUCUUCAACAGUCCAUAGUUCUACAGACGAGAUUGCCUUGAAUAAGGCCGUGGCUGCACUCUCUCAGCCUUCUCAAUCUGAAAGCUAUUCUACACCAGGGCCAUCAGAAGCUACUCCCUCCUGCUCUAACAGCAAUAAUAAUAUUGCCAAUGAAAUUUGAAUCCAACAAACAUAUCCCACUCCACUUAUGAGGGGUCUCUCUCAUCAAUACAAGGCCUGCUCCCUGAUGGGACUUCUAUUAAAGACCAUCAUAUUUGUGGCAAAAAAUUAAAAAUCACCCCAAAAUAGGGCAUUUCGUGCAAGAACUUAUUUUAUUUUGUUUUCUCACCCGAUGUCCAGUAUCUGCAUUUGAGCCUGAUUAACUCCAGAUUCUUGCAAGGAAUACUUACAACUCCGCCACAACCCUUGUAUUGGUUGUGCAAAAAAACUUGUUAUUAUUGAAAGGA